AUGAACGCGGCUGCCAUAGAAGUUAUCAACAAAUUGAAGAAAGAAGAUGAGAGCAACAACAAGUGCUUCGAUUGUGGAGUCCCCAACCCGGACUGGGUGUCAGUUAACCAUGGAGUGUUUCUCUGCAUUAACUGUUCAGGCGUGCAUAGAAGUUUGGGAGUACACAUAAGUAUAGUGAGGAGCAUUAAAAUGGACAUAUUUACAGAUGAGCAGUUAAAAUAUUUGGACAAAGGAGGAAAUAAAAAAUUCCAAACAUAUUUGGAGAAUUAUGGAAUUAACGAUUUUAUUCCUGAGAGAAAAUAUAGAACAAAGGCAGCUGAACAUUACAGAAAAAUUAUGAGAUCCAUUGUCCAUAAUUCUGACCCUCCCUCUCCAUUAUCCUUGGAUGAAGGAAAAGACUUAAUUAAUUUCGGCCAGAAUGAAAAUAUGAAUGCGAACGAAAUUAACAAGAAUAGCAGGAAUAAUUUUUAUGCAGAUGAUCAGCCGAAUUUUAUACCCUCUCUGAAUACAUCGGAAAUAUUGGACAACGUAUCAGCCACAUUCUCCAAUAUUAUUAAUAAAGCGCAAACCAUGACAACGAACACGAUAAAUAAUUUAAAUAAAAAUGAUCUCAUCGAAAGUACCAAAGAUACACUAAUGAAUAGUAGUAGUUGGAUUACUGAGAAGACAAAAAAAAUUGCCGAAAAUGUCAGCGACAAUCCUUGGUGGGAAAAGGGGCAGAGCAAAAUAAAAGACGUGACGCAAAAUGCAAGUGGCUGGAUUUCAACCAUCUCCUCAACUGUGUCCCGAACAAAUAGCAAUUUCUUUUUUGCCAACAGUGAGUUUGGCGCGACGGGAGGGCCCAAUGGGACGGGAAGCGUAAGCACGAAUGCUAGUGCGCAAGGGGGCCAAGGUGCCGGGGCUCCUGAUCACCUAACCAACAAUGCCAGUAGUGUCAAUAAUUCCAACGCCGACGGUUAUAAUAAACCGAACGGGGGGGAGAACAAUCCCGGGUUCAGCAGAACGGACACCAACAAGAGUCUCAACAAAAACUAA